GUGGUGUGAUGACAUCAUCUCCAGAGACAGUGGAUUAACUCAACCAAAGCAGUCAUGCAGUCCGGAAAUGUUUUGAAAUAUGGCCUCAUCAUUAUCACCCUGUUUGGUCUCAUCUUCUUGCUGCAAAACAUCACCAAUGGGGAGAACUGGAAGUAUCACACAAUGUCGGCGCUGUACAAGUUCCAGAGCAGGAUCCAGUCAAUCAGCUGGAGAAGGUUGCCAACGUUUCACCGCAACCACAGCUUCUGUUCACAUCUGGGCCAGCCACCAUCAUCCAUAGAAGAGUUGGAGGAGCAGGACCUGUUGGACCUCAUUGCCUGGCCCCAACUGCCCUCUGGUUCCACACUACCCACCCUCUGUCAGACAAGUGACCCGGCCCACAGCCUGUUUACAAUCGUCCCCUCCCAAAACAAUGAGCGUUGGUAUGUCGGCGACCAGCUGCAAGUGCUGGUCCACCUGCAUGACUUCAAGGGCCGACCCAAACGGUACGGUGGCGAUUUUCUGCUGGCUCGGUUACACUCCCCAAAAUAUAGGGCGGGUGUUGCCGGCCAGGUGGUGGACCACAAGAAUGGACUUUAUUCCGCUCGGUUCCCGCUGCUGUGGGAGGGCUCGGUUCAAGUCGAGAUCAUGAUGGUGCACUCGAGCGAGGCCGUCGCCGUGUUGCAGAGGCUGAGGGAGAAACGACCCGAUCGGGUGUUCUUCGUCAGCCUCUUUCGCCUGGGCUUUCUUUCCGAGACCACAGUGUGCAACAUGUGCCUGCCGCAGGACCAGGGGCAGCUUUGCAACUACACGGACCCUUACUCCGGUGAGCCGUGGUAUUGUUACAAGCCCAAAAUGCUCAGCUGCGAUGUCAGAAUCAACCAUGCCAAGGGAGGCUACCUCAAAAACAUCAUCACCAACAAGGAAGCUUUGCUCUUCCAGAGCGAGGUGAACGUCAAAGUUCCCAUCCACGCUUCCACAACGGACACCAUCACCGUGCUGCCUUCCAGGAAAGAAAGUGCCAGUCAAAAAUCGGAUCUCGUGACGCUGGCAACAUCCGGUUACUACUACCAGGACUCGUGGAGGCCAUUGGUUGGUGUCACCAUGCGCCAGUUUGAUGAAGCGUCUGCCAUCACUCAGUGCUUGACCAACAAGGUGGUCUACUUGUACGGCGACUCCACCGUCCGCCAGUGGUUCGAAUACCUCCUCACUGUGCUUCCAGAGAUGAAGGAAUUCAACCUUCAGAGUCCCAAAAAGGUGGGGCCCUUAAUGGCGGUGGACAGCACCCACAACAUUCUGCUAAGGUACCGCUGCCACGGCCCACCCAUCCGCUUCUCCACCGUCAUGACCAGCGAGUUGCGCUACAUCGCCAACGAGCUGGACGGCCUCUCCGGCGGUCCAAACACGGUGGUGGCGCUCAGCAUCUGGUCUCACUUCAGCACCUUCCCCGUGGAGGUGUACAUACGCCGCCUUCGGCAUAUCCGCAAGGCGGUGGUGCGACUCCUGGAGCGGGCGCCGGGCACGAUGGUGGUGGUCCGCACGGCCAACCCUCAGGCCCUGCAACGCGACGUCAGCCUAUACAACAGCGACUGGUUUUCGCUGCAGCUCGACAUCGUACUGCGCGCCAUGUUCAAGGGUCUUGACGUUAUGUUGGUGGACGCCUGGCAGAUGUGCGUGGCGCACCAUGAACCUCACCACCUCCACCCUCCUCGGGCCAUUGUCAAGAACAUGGUAGACAUGAUGCUGUCCUACGUUUGUCGUGAUGGGACCAGGAACAUUGUGUGAUUUUCAAAACCAGGUUGAAAACGUGAACGGACCUCACCGGAAAAAAAGAUAGAAAGAUGUAAUUGAAGGAGAGUUAUUAAUGUAUACAUCUAUUUAUUUAUCUAUUUUUUUUCAAAAGGUUUUUCUCAGAUUUUUAACUUCCUAAAACAUUUUUGCCUUUUUAAGCGUAUUAUUUGAAUAGUAGGAUUUAUGUUGUACAUUAAAGUUGCAAUUUAAUGAGAAAAAA